AUGGAUAUAAUUGUUCCUGCAGUCGUAGGUGAUAUUGUCAACAGAGCUGUAUCCUUUGCCAUCAAGAAAUGCUUGCAGCUUCCAGACAUCGACAAGAAUCUGGAGCGGCUACAUCAGUUGCUUCUAAGAGCCCAUACCAUCACCGAGGAGGCCGAGGGAAGGCUUAUCAACAAUCGAGAGAUGCUUCAACAGCUGGGGAUAUUGAUAGAAGGGAUGCAGAGAGGCCACUAUAUGCUUGAUAACUUCAAAUGUCGAGCCCUUCAACAAGGGAGAGGGGAUGAGCAGGAGGUGAGUCAGUUCUCUGGAUUAUCUAUGUUCAGUGCAGCAAAGUGUCUUCGUUUGUGCAAUAACUACGGAAAAUCAGUGCUCUUUGGUAGUAACAACAUAGAAGAUCUACAAGGUAUGAUUGCUACCCUAGAAAAGGCCAUUGCUGACUUGAAGGAGUUUGUUAUUUUUCUGGGGAACUAUCCUCCAAUCUGCCGCUAG